UGCACGAUGGCAGCCGCAGUGGAGUCGCUGCAGCUUGUGCUCCUUGCCAUCGCGGUCAGGUGGGGUGAUGCCCUUCAUCAGGGAGCCCCGGUGCAGCAGCAGAGCUACGGCUAUGUGAUGCAGAUCUACGGCCCCAAGUUCCUGUCCGCCGGAUCGCUGUUCAGUGCCCGGUACGUGCUAACGGUGGCCCACUGUUUCAGGAAGAACACCAAGCCGGAGGAGCUGUCGGUGCGCGCGGGCUACGAAUGGAUAGCCUGGGAGUACCGGGACAGACCGGUGGCAGGACUCCUGCGCCACCCAAAGUUUUCGCCCCUGACCCUGCGAAACGACAUUGCCGUGCUGAAGGUCAAGGCGGCCAUUUUGCACUCCCGCAAGAUCAAGUACAUCGGCCUCUGUUCGAAGCCCCUGAGCCACAAAACGAGCGCACAGCCGCAGGAGGUUGCAGGCUGGAGCUUGAUGCACAUCAACCAGCCCCUCAAAGCCAUCAGAGUUCAAGUGGAGCCCGAUAAAAACUGCGGCCACUGGUUUCCCCAGCUGCCAGGCGGCGUCACCUGUGUCGCGACCACGAAGGGAGAGGGCCUGUGCUAUGGGGACUCCGGGGAUCCCCUGGUCAGCGGAGGAGAGGUCUGCGGCCUGGCAAUCGCCUUUCGGAAGUGCGGCGAUAGGCGGUAUCCCGCCCUCUUCACGGAUGUGCACUACCAUCGCGGCUUCAUUGCCCAGGCCGUACUAACUUUGGACAGGGAACUGCUCAAGAAGCCACGGGGCCGAGUCGGGUGAACUAAUAUUAUACUUAUUCCUAUACUUGUACUUACAAUUACGCCAAAGAGAUCACGUAAAGCAUGCCCAGUUGCAGCUGAACAAAGUGUAUUUGUGGUUAAAAGACUCACCUGCAAGAGAACAGAGGAAAAAUUCAAUUAUAACCGAGUAAAAGAAAGGCAAAAGCAACAAGAGCGCAAUCAAUUUUCCUUUGGAAGUAUUUUGUAAAACAUAUACAACACGCAUCUGAAUCUGAAUAUAAUUCUGCCAUUCAAGGCACCUGACAUUACCCAUUGUUUGUGCAAAAAGUA